GAAACUUUAGCGGUCGUCUGUGCUCGUUAAUCCGCUGCCAUGCUGAUUAUUUACGCCGCGCUGCUCGUACCGGCGUUGCACUCGGCGAUAGCGGCGGCGGAACGCCAGCCUCUGCUUUCCAGUUACGCGAAACCGAAGCAAGGGAUCAUCGACGGGGGUCACGGGGGUCAACGGGAACACGUGCACCGGCAAUCGAAGCCGCAGAAUUCACGCGGCGUCCAAGACGGCAACGCGAAAUCGAGUUAUCACAAAGAGAAGCCUGGUCCGCGAGUUUACGAGAGCGGACCGAAAUCGCCUGUUCCGUACGCGAUCGCGCAACCCGUGGACCAGUCGCCGCCAUAUUUCGGCGAUCUGUUUACCAUGUCCGCUGGCUACAAAGUGGCGAACGAGGGUCCGCCCGUGAGACAGGUGACGCUUAAUCAGAACGCAGGAGUUCACGUAACAAGUUCAUCCCCUAACCUACAAUUUCCCGUGUACAAAACUGCUUAUCCGCUGUCAAAAGCCACGGGACCCCAACUGUUCUCGCCGUCUGUGCAAAAUCAGUACAACAAAAAGGCGUCGUCGAUUCUGCAAGCGCACAACAAUCACCCCGCCUACUUCAAUAAUUAUCAAGCACAGCCUUUGAUCCUGAGUCCAGUCGAUCAGUUCGGUUACCCGGAAAGAACGCCAAAAUUGAACAACGCGCAGCCGGGCGCGCCCUUCUUGUCUCCGUUUUCCAGAUUCCAAGGCCAGGUGAUUCCCAUUCCGAUCGCCAACAGCAAUCCACAGUUCCCGCAGUUCAAGGGUGCCGCAGUGCAGGUUCACCCAACCGUCGGCGGGUUUUCAGCGAUCGGCUACGAGCCCCUUCAAAUGCAACCGCAGUUACACUUUGGCAGUGGAAACGUACAGCCUGUGGGCGGGCAUCGGAACCUCGGCCCGCUGCAGGAGAUUAGGACCGACGUGGAGGUUAUCGACAAGAAGAAACCGAUACCUCCGCCUAAAAUGGACGAUGACGACGACGAGGACGACGAGGGCGUUGAUGAUUCGGGCAAGGAUUAUGGGCCGGGUAACAGCGGCGACGACGACUACGAGCCGAAGCCGGAUAAGCAGUUUAAACCCUCUCAGAUGGAAGGCAAUUUCAAGCCCUCCAGUUACUUCCCGUUCAAACAAUACGAUGAAAAGUUUGGCAAGUAUUCGAGUCGGAACCACGAGGAAGUGGCUGAAGAGAAACCGUAUACGAAGUACAGUGAUUAUUCGUCGUCGAACGACGACGUCGACGACGACGACAACGAGGAAGUCAACUCGUCAGGGAAGUAUCAUUCCGAUGGAAGCUCGUCGAAGCCUCUUCAUGGUAAACAGGAAAAUGAGGACGACGAUGGUAAUUACGAUUACGAGAGACAGAAGGCCGAGGACGAUUCCUAUGGGCCCAAAUAUUACGAGAAAAAUUACGACGACGACUUUGGAGGCUCUUACGGAAGAGAAUCGCCGAAGCAGAAAUAUGUGAAAGAGGAGUCGGACGAUGUUUAUGCUCCGAAAUCGUCUUAUAGGAACGAGGACAAUCACGAUCCCGAAGACUCUACCGGACAAGGAAGUCGAAGCAGCUUCAAUUACCGUAAAAUUCCUCGAGGUUUCAGAGAUAACGAGGGUCAAGGCUCCGACGUUUUGACGCGAGUAGUCUAUAAUGGCGGCUUCGGAUACAAGUUGCCCGAAAAUGUGAGAAGCGUUCGGAACAGAAUGAUCGUUGCUAAUUAAAAAAAAGUGCGUGCAACGGUACCUAUAAUUAAGUGACUGUUAACAAUACAAAUUCAGAAUUUGCUAAUAGAUUGUAAGAACGUAUUUAAUGUAUGUUAGUGUUGUUAUAUCUAUCUGUAUGUAUGUUUUCGUUCUGUUACAAAUACAAGUAUGACAAAUAUUCGUA